GCAGAGUAGCUGCUCGUCGCAAAUGUCAGCGACACGGACAAAACACUGACAGACUCUUACAGCGGCGCAGUGUGAGGACGAGAAAUGACUGAUUUCUGCUGCUGUGACGUUCAUUCUGAAUAAAACAACGGGAGGAAUUGACGCAGACAUGGACCAGGAGUUUGAUGACAUAGAUUCAGAGGUCCGCUGGCAGAACCUUUAUUUAGAAGUACGCAAUCAGUCACACGAGUGUGCGUUCAAAGUGGCCAAGUAUCCAGAGAAUCGCAACCGCAACAGAUACAGAGAUGUAAACCCGUUUGACCACAGUCGGGUGAAGUUAGAAAACACAGAGAAUGACUACAUUAAUGCAAGUCUGGUGGUGAUGGAAGAAGCGCAGAGAAGAUACAUACUUACCCAGGGUCCACUGAGAAACACCUGCGGCCACUUUUGGCUGAUGAUCUGGGAGCAGAAGACUAAAGCAGUUAUCAUGCUCAACAGAGUAAUAGAGAAAGGCUCGGAAAAGUGUGCACAAUACUGGCCGACGCAAAAGGAUCAUGAGAUGUCGUUUCGCGACACUCGCUUUGUGGUGACACUAGUGUCAGAGGAUGUGAAGUCAUAUUACACCACCAGAGUGCUGGAACUCCAGAAUGCAAAUACGGGGGAGACGAGAGAGAUCUACCACUUUCAUUAUACCACAUGGCCUGACUUUGGUGUACCAGAAUCCCCCGCCAGCUUCCUGAACUUCCUGUUUAAGGUACGGGAGUCCGGCUCACUCGGGAUGGAUCAAGGUCCAGCUGUGGUGCACUGCAGUGCAGGCAUUGGACGAUCUGGGACAUUUUCUCUGGUUGACACUUGUCUUGUCUUGAUGGACAAAAAGAAAGACCCAUUGGCAGUAGACAUUAAAAAGAUUCUGCUGGACAUGAGAAAGUAUCGGAUGGGUCUGAUUCAGACUCCUGACCAGCUGCGUUUCUCAUACAUGGCUGUGCUGGAAGGAGCCAAGUAUAUUAUGGGAGACUCCUCUGUGCAGAAACAGUGGCGAGAGCUCUCCAGAGAGGACCAGGAGCCCCUGUCUGAGUCUCCCCCGCCACCACAACCUCCUAAGUGCACAGAGCGUUAUAACGGCAGCAAGCUGUCUCGUCUGGAGGAUGGGAUGGACACUAAGACAGCAAAAAAAUCAGGCCAAGAGACCCCAAAUAAAGAACCAGACAGAGAUGCUGGAACAAACGGUCGUAAAAGACAGAGGGAUGAGAAGGUGCCCAACUCAUCACAGAAGACUCAGAAACAGACAAAACCCCGAAUCAACGACCCAGAUAAGAAGAGGAAAAGUCUGGGCUGUAUUUGCUGUACGUGACACAGCGAGUGCUGCCCUGUUGGGAAUCCUCCCCAAUGAGGCAGCAGUGGCAUUUCUGCAGGAUUUUUGUAAAGACGAGCUUGUCCAGGCUCUUCACAAUCCUCAGGCUGAGUUUCGGCCCCUGCUGCAUGGAGGGGCAACUACCCAUAAUUCAACAGACUGUCACUCAGAGCGAGAACAACCAGUGACUCCUAACUCCAUGGCAACCUCAGCAAGAGAUCUCCAUCCCAUAAUGCUCCCCCAUCCACCCGUGUUUUUUAAAACCGUUUACAGCAUGAACUCUUGGAGAAAGUUUCUCCACUCCGCACAACAGCACACACCAGCACUGUUACAGGGGAUGAAACUCAAUAUCAAGAGGACAGUGCAUCGCCAUGGUUUGGAUUGGUUUUAAUUUCAUUGGACCUAUUUUGUGUCUUCGUUUUUUUUUUUUUUUCGCUCUGUUUUUGUUGGGGAAAAAGUAGCAAGAUCUGAAGUAGGUCUAUGCAUUUCUAAUGCUAUUCAAACAUUGUAUUUUUAGACAACUUUUUUUCAGAGGCAAAAUGAAAUGCUCUAUUUUUUAUAAGAAAUUACUUGAAAUUUCCUAUCAUAUCUGCAGGACUGUAUGCUCAAAUCCAAUUUGUGAGAUUAUUAGAUGAUGUCUUAUGCUGAUGAGUGGUCACAUUGUGUACAUAGUGUACCUUAUGAAAUGUAAAAAAGAAAUUGAUUGUACAAAAUGAUAAACAGACACUGCAUUUGGUUUAGACACAGAACAAACCAACAGUGUCUGAUGUUGAAGAGUCUUACUUUUCUUUAUCCAAGAGUAGGAUCCACAAAUAAAACUGGCAUCAUUUAGUUUCUGUAACGAUGAGUGCCUUUGUCUACUUUUUCCAAUCAUUCUUUAUGAAUGAAAUUAUUACAUUACAAAUCAGCCAAUGGCAAAAACUAGUGUAAUUUUUCUUAUGCUUACUAAUGUUUAGGAAAAAAGAAAUGUUGAUACUUACAUUUAAAAUUAAUCAUUAGAUUUUCAUUAAAACGAUCAGAUUAAAUCACCUAAACUAUGGAUUACAUUCUGAUUACCAGAUUACAUUUCAAAAGUAAUCUACCCAACACUGUUGUCAUGAAUCAGCAUUUGCACUUCCAUUUUAUUUCGGCAAUAUGGUGUAUUUCUAAACGAAACCGGAUACUCAAUGAGAAAAAUGUGGGGUGGGACUUGUCUUAUCCUUUGCGAAUUGAUUGGAUUGUGAAAAGUCUGCAGUCCCUUACCAGAAUGCAGUUAGAUUUGAAUGUUUGAGUUUGCAGUGGAUUGUGGAGGACAACUCCCCUCCUGAAAAACCACCCUCUUUUGAGGAGGCUUUUUGACUAGGACAUGGAGGUUGAAGCUCAGGUUCAAGAGAAGUAUUCCAAUGGCAGUGCUGCUUUCUCAAGUCUAUUUUUAUAUGCUGUUAUUGCUGUAACCUUUACUACAUUAAUUACAUUAAAACACAGAGUUUAGAAAGUCUACGUAAACUACAACACUAGCCUAAAACAGGGUUUUGCAACCUGUGGUGCAGAGGUGCACGGACCUAUCAAGGGCGAAAUGAUAUUAUGGGGAUUUUGAUUCAUCCCAUUGUACAUAAAAUACGGAUUCAAGUGCAUCAUGCUACAUAACGGACCACAUCCUCAGUGUGUUUGUACCAUAAUAUGUAUUUGCUGUUAAAUUACGUGGCAUGAUUCCCAGACCUUUGGUGCAAUGGAUUUUCAUGCCGUUUAUGUUUACUGAAUAGAAGAAAUAGAAAUUUCUGUGUCGUAUUUCCAUUGUAUUUGUCACCCAUUGUUGGAAUUAAUAUAUUUAAACGAUUAUAUUUGAGUAUAUGAUAUACACUCACCGGCCACUUUAUCAGGAACACCUGUACAUCUACUUAUUCAUGCGAUUAUCUAAUCAUCCAAUCAUGUGGCAGCAGUGUAAUGUAUAAAAUCAGCAGAUACAGGUCAGGAGCUUCAGUUAAUGUUCACAUCAACCAUCAGAAUGGAGGAAAAAUGUGACCUCCAUGAUUUGGACCGUGGCAUGAUUGCUGGUGCCAGAUGGGCUGGUUUGAGUAUUUCUGUAACUGCUGAUCUCCUGGGAAUUUCACACACAACAGUCUCUAGAAUUUACUCAGAAUGGAGCCAAAAACAAAAAAACAACCAGUGAGCGGCAGUUCUGUGGACGGAAACGCAUUGUUAAUGAGAAAGGUCAACAGAGAUUGGCCAGACUGGUUCGAACUGACAAAGUGUACGGUAACUCAGAUAACACACUCUGUACAAUUGUGGUGUGAAGAAUAUCAUCUCAGAAUGCUAUUCUGAGAUGCGGGUUGGCGCUGUUUUGGCGGCUAAAUUGGCACGAAGGGGACCUACACAAUAUUAGGCAGGUGGUUUUAAUGUGGCUGAUCGUGGCCUGGAUAGCUCAGCGAGUAUUAACGCUGACUACCACCCCUGGAGUCGUGAGUUCGAAUCCAGGGUGUGCUGAGUGACUCCAGCCAGGUCUCCUAAGCAACCAAAUUGACCCAGUUGCUAGGGAGGGUAGAGUCACAUGGGGUAACAUCCUUGUGGUCAUGAUUAGUGGUUCUCACUCUCAAUGGGGCAUGUGGUGAGUUGUGUGUGGAUCGCAGAGAGUAGCAUGAGCCUCCACAUGCUGUGAGUCUCCGCGGUGUCACGCACAGUGAGCCACGUGAUGAGAUGCGCGGAUUGACUGUCUCAGAAGCGGAGGCAACAGAGACUUGUCUUCCGCCACCUGGAUUGAGGUGAGUAACCGCGCCACCACGAAGACCUACUAAGUAGUGGGAAUUCGGGAGAAAAGGGGAGAAAUUUUUUUUUUUACGUUUUGUGGCUGAUCAGUGUAUUAAGGAUGUGCGUUAACGCCGUUAAAAAAAUAUUGCGUUAACGCGCUAUUAACGUGUUAACCACAACAGCUCUAAUAUAUUUAUUUCACUAUAGACAUUUUGGUAUAAAAUUAAUGUUUCCUUUGUUAAGGGUUUAUAAAUGGGUUAAUGACCAAUAAUUAAUUUACAGAUGCAUUACAAAUCAUUGAUAUACGGUUAUAACAAAUAAAAAUGGCGACUGUCAUGCAUUACUUGCCAAAAAGUGAGCCAUCUUAUCUCACAUUACAAUUGCUUUAUAACAUUUAUUGAACAUUAAUAACAUAUGAAAAUAUACCUUAAUGUAAAGUGGACAUAUAUGAAGCAUUUCUUAAAGAGUUGCAAACAUUAGAUACCUGAAGUGUUUUUGCGGAGGACCAGGUAAAUUGGAACACCAAUCGGAGUAGCACCAUUCUUUUGACAUCAGUGUGACAAGUAAUAUAACAACACUAGAGAGUCAAGACAUUACAGUAUUGAAUAUACUGUAAACACAAAAAUGAUAUAAUCCCUACUUUAAUCACUAUAAUAGUCUGUUUUUCUCUGUAUUGUGACAUGAAUUUUGGAGUAGGGCAUUUCAUGUUUUUGAUUAAUGUAAGUAUGAAUGAGUGUAUUUAUGAAUCAUUUAUAACAUGUAACUUAAAAUGCUCACUCUUUGGAAAGUAUUGCAUGAAAGUCAGCCUUUUUAUUCAUGUUGUUAUAACUGCAUAUCAGUGAUUUAUAAUGCAUUUGUAAAUGGCUUAUUAGUUAAUAAAAAACCCUUAACAAAGGGAACAUUAAUGUAAAGUGUUACAGAAAUUUCCAUGACUUUUCUAGGUCUGGAAAUCACAAUUUAAAAAUUCCCUGAUAUUUCCAUGAUUUUCAUGAACAUGGAAAACGUGACUUGGUGUUUGUUGUAAAGCUUAACUCCUAAAGCAGACAUCCAUA